AUGGAUGUGAAUUCACUCAUGCCAAAGGGUGCAACAUAUUCUGGAUUGCUUGUUUUUCUCUCCAUAAAUUGCCCUUCAUUUUAUGAGAAUGCCUUGUUUUGUUCUUCAGAAGAAGAGAUCGAAUCGAUCAAGAGAUGUGGAUUCGUUCACAAGGAAGGGCUUUAUGCGAUUUUCGAUGGUCACUCCGGUCGUGAAGCUGCAGAAUAUUUGCAAUCACAUCUGUUUGAUAACAUCUUGAGUGAGCCUGAUUACCAGGCAAAUCCGAAACGUGCAAUCAAGAGGGCAAGAUGUAAGGUUACUGAUAAUGAGAUUUUGGAUGGAGUAGUGGCUGAAUUCAUAAUUUUGGGGAGUGAUGGCUUGCGGAAGGUGAGAAAGAUUAAGGGUUUACUUUGCCUAACCUCUGCAAAUUGUUACCUUGGUGGCUGCAUAUCUGAGUGA